AUGACUAGGAGGUCCAACAAGGACAACCUAGUUGAACAUCCAGAGAUAGACAAGCUUGAGAAGCAACUUAGGAAGCAGAAAGCCCAAGAGAUGGCCGACGAAGCAGCUCGCGCUCACGCCGCUGAAGUGGCGCGCGCUCAAGAAGAAGGAAGAGAUCCACCUCCUCCUCCUCCUAAUCCACAAGACCCUGCUGGAGAUGUGAACGCACAACCCAAGCUGGAGCACCUACAAUCGGAGACUAUGACUCUGCCGAUGCUUUCUUCAUGGAUAGAAACCCUAUCCAUCCACCACCACCUGCAAGGAAUGACUAUGAGAUCAAGCCUCAGAUCAUUGCAUUGCACUACAAGAUCCAAUGGAGUCUCUGCUGACUACUUAAGUGCAAGCUCUUUUCAUUCUCUCUUGGCGACAAAGCUUCAAGAUGAGAUCAAUUUCUGUGAGAAACAAGAUCUCCACUUUCGCCAAGGCAACAAUGAGUCUUUCUAUGAGGCGCUAGAUCGAUUCAAGGAGUACAUUAGGGACUGCCCUAAUCAUGGUUUCAAUGAGGGAAACCUAUGGAACAUCUUCUAUCGUGGCAUAGACCACAAGUACAACCUCAACCUAUGGAACAUAGUUCGCCAGUCCUUGUGUUCGAUACCCAUACUUCCGCGAUCUGUGCACUUGCAGAGGUCUAGGAGUUUGGUAAAACCUGACUCCGCAUCACCAUCCACUGGGGAUUUGUUUAGGGCUAGAUACGCAGACUGUCAUUUUAAUGAAUCAGUCUUUCCAACAUUAGGGGAAGAAACUAAACAGCUGGGAAAAGAGAUUAGCUGGAAUGAAUUAUCAUUAUUUUAUCUUGAUCCUCGGACUAAAGAGUGUGAAUUAGAAGUCCAGAAGAUAAUUCAUUUGCAGGGUUUAGCAAAUCAGUUGCCAGAGGCAUUUGCUGACCCGAAAAGAGUGAUAAGGUCACAUAUACCAGCUGAGAAUGCUCCAAUUAGAUUGAAUGUCCCAGAAGGGCAUAAUCAGAUUGCUACAGAGUCUAAGACACGCCAGAAGCGUGGUAGACCUAUUGGUUCCAAAGAUAGAAACCCUCGGAAAAGAAAAGGAGCAGAAAUUGGCAAUAGUGAAACCGAGGUAACCACGAAUGAAAGAUCUCCAGAAGAGACUUUACACAUGACUGAAAUUCAGGUACCUGAGAAUGAAGAGAUCUCAAUAAAUUAUGUCAUGUCUGGAAUAAAGUGGAACCGAAAGGAAAUCGACGUCGAUGAAAUAUUUGCAUACAAUGUAGCAAUCGAUAUCAUGGAUGAGGAUCAUGAACCGACAUCUAUUGCAGAGUGCAUGCAAAGAAUUGAUUGGCCAAAAUGGAAUGAAGCAAUAGAUGCGGAAUUCAACUCUCUUGGUAAAAGAGAAGUAUUCGGACCAGUAGUCCGUACACCUGAAGGUGUUAAACCAGUAGGGCACAAAUGGAUUUUUGUGCGAAAGAGGAAUGAGAAUGGUGAAAUUGUGAGACACAAGGCACGUUUAGUUGCACAGGGUUUCUCACAAAUACCCGGAAUUGAUUAUGAAGAGACAUACUCUCCUGUAGUGGAUGCAACUACUUUCCGGUAUCUCAUUACUCUUGCUAUAAGAGAAGGACUUGAUUUUCGACUGAUGGAUGUAGUCACAGCCUAUGGUCCAUUGGAUAAUGAGAUAUGA